UAAAUUACGCAUGCAAAUGCGAUCUCAAUUGAGUGGAGAAUGGAUAUUCGCAAAUUAGCCAAUUGCAAUACGUUGUAAAAGCAGGGCCAAUUAAGUAAAUGUUGAGCAUUGAACUGUCACAAUCGUUAAAAGAAUGCUUAUAACAUAUUUAACAAGAGAUUGUUGGCAACAAGUUGCAAAAGUAUAUAAUAAAUAAGACAGCAUGCAGAGAGGAGACGCUGAAAUUGGAGCCCGACAUAGGCGGAUCAAGAGUAUCCUUAAGAGCAGCCAAAAUACCAAAAGCAGUCCCGAUCCCAAUACUGAUCCCGAUCCCGAUCCCAACAGUGCCUGCGAAAGCGACAACCAACCAAGCGACCGAUCGGAUCAAUGGGGGGCCAGCUGCAGAGCUGGCCAGCAAUGGGAAGGGGGCGAAGGAGACGGGGAUCAUCCGAUCGACGAUGUCGAAUGUUAUGUUGUCACGAUAUCAAAGCAUUUUAAUUGGCCGAUUUAUAGAUUUAAUUACGUAUUCAUGCGAAACAUCGAAUCCGUGAUUCGUAAAAACACACACCGCGCAUCGACUUACAGAAUGAAAAGGAGACACAUAAAGCGAGAGCGAGAAGAUUGAGAGAGCCGAAGAAAGAGAGAGAGACUGAGACUGGGACUAAAUCUGAGAAAGGGAGAAAGAGUGCGAGCUCUUCAGAUCUUUGGCUGAUCGGAGUGCGAGCAACGCAGCAGAUCUUAACAAUCUUGGAAUCUCCUAGUGCUAUUUGAGUUGCCUGGUCUGUUCUGGUGUUGAGAACGAGCUUGGAGGUGGAAGACACAUGAUCCUCUGGUUCUGGCUAUCGUUACCUGCCCAAGACCAAUUGCUGUUACAACCAAAGCCAAAGUCAAAGCCAAUACGCUACAGAUGUCGGAGCUCAACUUGAAGUUGAUAUUGACGUUGAAGUUAAACCAAGCGCCACACGACGCCAGACUUGUCCGAAAUUGUCCAAAAUGGAAAGGGCAGCAAAAUGAAUGCUCCUACAUAUUCAUUUCGAAUCAACGCAAAGCGUUGCGUUUUGCGUUGUGGUUUUGUCGUCGCAUUUCGUAUGCGAAGCAUAUAUAGGGGAAAGCCCACUGUCUCGUUACCAGUUCCAAUCCCCAUACCCCAGUCCCCAACUUCAUCACCAGCCCAGCCUCGGCUCCCGUCGAGGCGUGCGCAGUGCCAUUUAUGAAAUCAUUUCGGGGCACAUUUCAUACGCCGUUUUAAUAUCUUUAUUGGUCAUCAUCGUUGUCAUUAAAACUGCGAAUAAUAAAAUCAUAAAGUGCCCCAUACCUGCCCCUUAUCUCUCCUUUCUCUCUUCCUACCCAAAUAUCCGACGCCAUUCUCCGUCGUUCUAUUUCUCUUACUGAUGUUUGUGCAAAAAGCGAAAUUAUUAAAUUUUUCGUCUUCCUGACUCGCAUUUUAAAUGCCUCGCACGCAUUUUAAUUUCGACGCUUCACUCACGUAGUCCCAGCUGGGCCAAAGGCCCAAGUCGCAAGUCGCCAGUCGCAAAACGAAAGACGCAUGCCGCGAGCCGCAUGCCGCAAGCCCCCAAAGUCCGAAUGUUUCCAGGUCUCUCAGCUGGGCCCCAUAAUUAGAAUGAGUUCACUUGCUGGACAACAGGAGCAGAGCUGAAGCACCAUCAGAUAUUAUAUAUUAUGCGUAACAAGUGCGAUCCCCAAUCCCCUCUGAUCUUCCACUGAAUUUCAGCCCAUAAAACCAACGAAAUUAUUCAAUAUGACAGCCGUACAUGACAGUUGAUUUUUGAAAUUUCAUCAUAAAUGUCAAAACUGAAUUGUUUUGCUCGUAGAUCUUAUCCAUGUUGUC